UGUAAGUGCAGUUGCCAGCGGCAUUCAUCGUUUCAAUCGAUUCGACAUCGAAGCUUUCUCACCAAUGGCGGAUGUGAAAAUGGCCUUUCUCUCUUUGCUCGUUCUCAUCCCCCUCUCCCUUCUUGCCGUUCUUCGCCUCAUCGUCCGUCCACGGCCGGUCAGAAUCCCUAUCAAGAAUCGCCACGUGUUCAUCACUGGCGGAUCGAGCGGCAUCGGACUGGCCCUGGCCCACCGGGCCGCGGCAGAGGGCGCGCAGGUGUCGAUCCUCGCUCGCAGCACCAACAAGCUCGAAGACGCCAAGCACGCCAUCCGCCUUGCCACCGGCAUCGACGUCGCCACCUUCAGCGCCGACGUCCGCGACUUAGACGCCGUGAGAAGCGCGGUGGAGAAAGCCGGGCCGAUUGACGUGCUGGUGUGCAACCAAGGCGUGUUCGUGCCGCAGGAGCUGGAGAGUCAAGAGAUGCAGGAGAUCAAGUUCAUGAUCGAUGUAAAUCUGAUUGGGACUUUUCAUCUGAUUAAGGCCGCUUUGCCAGGGAUGAAAAACAGGGCCGGACGCGGUCCGGCCUCCAUAGCUAUCAUGUCGUCACAGGCUGGUCAGGUGGGUAUUUAUGGAUACACUGCUUAUUCGGCCAGUAAAUUUGGUCUCAGGGGCAUGGCUGAAGCUCUGCAACAGGAAGUUAUUUCAGAUGACAUACAUGUCUCUCUAAUAUUUCCCCCAGACACUGAAACCCCUGGUCUGGAAGAAGAGAACAAGAGAAGACCACAACUGACCAGCAUCAUAGCAUCUUCUUCUGGGGCAAUGAAAGCCGAUGAAGUUGCCAAAAAAGCUUUAGAUGGAAUCAAAUCCAGUAGUUUUAUUGUCCCCUGCAACUUUGAGGGACUCCUACUGUCCAUAGCAACUGCAGGUCUAUCCCCACAGAGAUCAUUCCUCAUGGCAUUCGUAGAGGUGGUUGCUGCUGGGAUAUUACGCAUUGCAGGUUUAUGCUUCCAGUGGAAUUGGUAUGGGAGUAUAGAAAAGUGGCAUGCACAAAAAAAGUAAAACCUGCGACUUCUGUUCAACAAGGGGAGAAGCCCAAUUUCUUCUAUCAACAAUGGGGAUGAGAUCACUUCUUCAUGUGCCUGCAUCAAUGUUUUCAAAAGGUGACAGAAGCUGAAUCUGUACUUGAAGUGGGUUUCAGCAGCAGCAGCACUCGUUGUUUCAAACGCAAAAUUGUUCAGUAAAUCUUCAAACUUAAAGGAGUAAUCAGCUCAUAAUUCUGUAUCUUGUAUUUUUGAUAAGUUGAACUGAUAAAAUAGCUUUUAACAUUCCCUCUA